AUGCAUAACAUUUCAAACCUCAACAGUAUAAACCAUUUUGAAGGGUUUAUGCCCAUUCAUACCAUUUUCUAUUCCAUUUUCCACCCUACAGAGGGUACCAAAGUGAGGUAUGAAUUUCCCCCAAGUAAUCUCGCAGCUUCUGAUAUCCAUUUUGACGCAAUUAAAAACUAUAUCAUACCGAAGAAGCAAUUGUGUAAUAAAUUGUUAACUUUUAAAUAUGCAAAUUAUAGAAUAGUAUCAUAUCCAAUUACCAUUAACUCUGAUUUUUAUGCUAGAAAUUUUUUCAGUUUCAAUUUUGUUUUCGUGUUUCCAUAUGAUUGUGAAACUUCACCUUAUGAGCCUGCUAUUGCUAGAUUGGGUAAGAUGUUCAAAGUAUUGGAAGAACAAAACCAAAUUUUAUCAAAAGCGGAGAAUGAUCCUAUCUAUUUUAAGUCUGAUUAUACUCCUUAUCAACCAACUUUAAUCAUACCGACGAAUAAUGAUAAUGACGGUAAGAGAAACAAGAAGUUAAUGAAAAAAGAAAAUACUAUCUUCAGCACAAGGCAGCAACGUAGCAAUUCAAAUCGCAUACUCGAGGAAAAUUCAAAUUCAAAUUCAAAUUCAAAUUCAAAUUCAAAUGGAAAUGAAAAUGAUAACAACUACAAUACUAUUGAGCAAUAUCUGAAUAAUAAUUCUAGAAUAUCAGUACAGGAUUUAAUCAUGAGAAUUUAUCAAGAUUUGAAUAACUAUUCAGAAUGUCUUAUACCCAUAGACGAUGGUAAUAACGUCGACAUUAAGAUUUUCCCACUUUUGAAACCUCCUCCAGCGAACUCGUUAUCAAUAGAAGAUGUGCCAAUGUCGUUAGUAGAUUUGACAAAGAUCACUGACGUGAAUUGGGAUCCAACAAUGCUUAAACUUAUUCCAUUUAUUAAUGGAAUAAACGAUAUCUCUAAAAUAUCGAAAUUAAGUAAUUCAUCACCUAUGUUAGUCAUUGAGUGUAUUAAACAUUUAAUAUAUUAUAACUGUGUUAUAAUAACUGAUAUUUUCCAAUUUUCAAACACAUAUUCAACUACAAGUUUGAUUAGCACAUUCCUUACAGACCCCAACAUGGCAACAUUAUGUCAAAAUUAUGUAGUACUCCCAUUGGGCUCUAAGUUAACAAGAUUACCAUUCCAUAUCGAAACUGAAACAUCUGUACAGUCGUCAUCAGCUUAUCGUCAUCAUCAUAAUCGACAUGAAAAGACACCAUCAUUUGGUUCAUCAAUUACGAGCAAUAAUGGGCGUAGCAGUUUUUCCGCAGAUGAUAGAAAACAAUCUGAAACGUCAUUAAAUUCAAGUAAUGACCCAUCAAAUUCAAAUCUCAUAUCAACUGCACAUUUGCCCACCAAAAUGAGUCUUUUCGAAUUGUAUCGUUCAUUAAACCAAAGAACUGAUUUGAAAAAUUGGUAUAAAUUAAACUAUACAACAAUAAUAGAAAAUAACAUUGAUAUAAGGAAAUUUAUUAAAUUUGGUAUAAUUAAAGGCCUUAUUUAUAGAUGUCAUUCAUAUCCAAUAGUGAUCACUCCGGUUGUAUCAGCUCCCGAAUCGGCAAAAUCGACAUCUCCAUUUGUGUCGUCAUCUGGGAUAUCAUCAUCAGUAGAUUCAAAACAACACACACAAAAGGGGCCUAUCUCUAGAUUUCCUGGUUUAGGUUCUCAUGUACCUUCUAGUGGCGUACGUGAUACCAGAGAUAAAUUAAUGAAAUCAUUUUAUGAAAAGUUGGAGAAAGGGAAAAAUCAUUCAAAAGUUUCAUUUUCUGAUAAAAUCGCCUUCCAGAACGACGAAAAUGAUCACUCUGCCACAUCAAGUGACAACGAUGAUAAAAGUAAGAGUCAGUUAACAUUAAAACAGAGGAAUAUUUUACUAGAUUCAAUUUCUAAUAUGGACAAUAUGGAUAAAAUUUGUGUUAAAUUAGGGAGACCUCGUUCACAAAUCGAAGAAUGGUUAAGCGAGUUUGGUGAUUAUAAAGUUAUCAACUGUUAA